AUCGUCCUCCACGCACUUAGAGCCGCACGGCGGAGAAAAACGAGUAGAUACGGACGUUACCGAAGCACGUUCACUCUGCUUGUCUGCGUCGUUUGAAACAGUGGAGACUAGAGCUUUACCUCGUUAACGGAAGCAGUACAGAGUCAUUUACUGAAGUUAUCUUCAUCGGCACAGAUAUGUUACUGCAACUGAACAUGCUGCAUGUCGUCAUCGGGACGCUGCUGAUCACACAAAGUGUCGCCAUCGUCAGAGUUCCUCUUCACAAAACCAGAAGUCUGCGCCGCCUCAUGAGCGACAAUGGGAGGUCUGUGCAGGAGCUUCUGGCUCUGGCGAAGAGCACCGGAGCUGUGGACAGCUAUCCUGCACCUGACCUGCCCGUGGAGAGGCUGACCAACUUCAUGGAUGCUCAGUACUACGGGCUGAUCAGCAUUGGCACUCCGCCGCAGGACUUCACUGUGCUGUUUGACACCGGCUCCUCCAACCUGUGGGUCCCCUCCAUUCACUGCUCUUUCUUUGAUUUGGCCUGCUGGCUUCAUCACCGGUACAACUCGAGGAAGUCGAGCACGUACGUUAAGAACGGCACAGCGUUCUCCAUCCGGUACGGCAGAGGCAGCUUAUCUGGCUUCAUCAGCGAGGACACCGUCUCUCUCGCAGGUCUGUCCGUUCCCGCUCAGCAGUUUGCCGAAGCAGUGAAGCAGCCUGGCAUCACGUUCGCCGUCGCUCGCUUCGAUGGGGUGUUGGGCAUGGCCUACCCCUCCAUAUCAGUCGCUAAUGUCACGCCGGUGUUUGACACGGCCAUGGCUGCCAAGCUGCUGCCUCAGAACAUCUUCUCUUUCUACAUUAGCAGAGACCCAACAGCAGCGGUUGGAGGGGAGCUGAUGCUGGGUGGAACCGAUCCGCAGUACUACACUGGAGACCUGCACUAUGUUAAUGUUACACGCAAGGCUUACUGGCAGAUUAACGUGAACGGAGUUGAAGUUGGCAACCAGUUGACUCUCUGCAAAGCCGGUUGCCAGGCCAUUGUUGACACGGGAACUUCCCUAAUAGUCGGCCCACGAGAGGAAGUCAGAGCUCUGCACAGAGCCAUUGGUGCUCUGCCACUGAUAAUGGGAGAGUACUUCAUUGACUGUAAAAAGAUUCCAUCUCUCCCCGUCGUCUCCUUCAACAUCGGAGGGAAGAUGUUCAACUUGACUGGAGAGGAUUAUGUCAUGAAGGAGUCUCAGAUGGGUACAUCGAUCUGCUUGUCAGGCUUCAUGGCGAUGGACAUCCCUCCUCCUGCAGGGCCCCUGUGGAUCCUGGGAGACGUAUUCAUUGGGAAGUACUACACUGUGUUUGACAGGAACGCCGAUCGUGUCGGGUUUGCUCCCGCUAAAUAGAUCAAGGAGGAAAAAAAAGGUGUCACUGCUCAUUUCCAAAGAUAAUAUGCUUUAAAUGGUUUGUUUUGAAAAGGUGAUGUAAUGUCGGUCAUCUACACUUAAAGGCAUCAAUGUCUCACGUGUCAUGAGAAACAAGUGUGGAUACUUCCUGAAUAACCGUCUCCACAUCACGUCUGCCACUGAACAAAGCCGCUGCUUCAGUUUCUUGCACUUGAUUGAGCUUUAAUGUGAAGUCUCUGAUUCAGGACAGAACUAUGCAUUUUGAUAUUUGUGCUGUAUGAUUUGUCAAGAUACGUAAGGGGAAAAUUAACCCCAAAACAUUUGAAUAAACCCUAAACUGAAUGUUAAUUUCAAAUUAAAUUGAUCUUCCUUUUGUACACUGAACAUAUCUCAGGAUGUUUUAACG